AUGGAGGAGACACCGCCGCUCCACGUGGAGCGAGACAGCUCAACCAGCUGCACGCGUCAUGUCGCCGACGCUAGCAUUUUUUCUGCUUCACCUUCCUCUUCUUCUCCCGAUGUUUCGCACGGAAGCGUUCCUCUUGAAGACGACUCUGCAUACACCGUUGACACGAAGGCAAUGCGCUACAUGCCGGUUUCCGCGUUUUUCAAAGUUGGACUGCAUCACCUCGUUACCUCGUUUUCUGCCGAAGAGGCUGAGACAGCUUCUUCUUCGCCCUCUUCGUUUUCAGAGCUUGCCUCCUCUUCAGUCCACUCCUACAAGAACUUGGGUGAGAGGUUUCGAGAGGCCUCUGAACAGGAAGAAGUGUCGAGAGUGACGGACAGAGAGGCGGGUGGGGUUGGGGGUGUCGGGGCCGUUGGGGAGGUGACCAGAUCCGCGAGGCGUGAGGAUGCUGAUGCAGAAGCGAGGAGCCUUGCUGGCAGAAAAAAGCCCGACUAUCAUCCGAUCCAAGCCGCUUUCUUCGAUUUUCUGCGGGCAGUCAACUGGAUGUCUGGAGAAGGCGAAUUGCAGGGAGGACGGGGAGCCACGGAGGAAGAAAAGGAAGCGCCAGCGGGGGACGCUCUCAGCGGGAUUCUCUCUAUGCAGCAGCUGGCGCUCGUGGACGCAGGAGUCUAUGUGCGUCCGACGCUCUCGGAGCUGCUAGCGGAGCUCGAGGACAACCAGCAGAUGAACAAAAUGAAGCGGCGCUGUGAAGCGAUCGACGCGGAAGUGACGCGUCUCCUCGACUCGCAGAGAAAAACCCGAGACAAAGCUGACAGCGGGUCGCAGCCGACGCACGUGUCUCCCUUGUCCCGCUCGUCUGCGGGCUCGGAUGCUUCGUCGCUGAUUCGCCUCGCAGCGAUAUCUGCGGAAGCGGCGCGCCUUCGCGAGGAGAAGGCGCAGCUGCGCAAGCACAUGCACGAGCUUCGGCGGUUCGCCGGCGAUAUCUGGUUUAUGGAGGGACUCGACCCUGCAUGUGACGCCGUGUCUCUGGAGCGCUUCAUCUCGCUCUUCUGCUCAGACGAACGCGCGGCCUCGCAGGUGCGCGCCGCGGAGAAACUCUUCCAGCUCUGUCAGCGAGCGACGCGAGAGGGAGGAGACGGGGCCAGAAUUGACUUCGAAACCAUGCUCCACGAGCUCCCCACGCGAGCAUUUGAAGUCAUGUUCGUCGUCAGGGAGAUGAAGAAGAAGUCGCGACAGUCCUUCCGAUACUCUUGGAUCUAG